UGUGAGGGGUUGCAAAACAUAUUAUUUACAUACAGUAAUACAGAAUGUACAUAUUUUUUCCCCCGGCCACCCUCCUCACUCAGCCCAUCCAAGACAUUCGUGUCCGGGUGAGGCCAACCGCUUCGCUCCUCGCCUCCUCCUCUCGGCGCCCAGCGAGUCCAGCCGAGCCGCAACCAAAAAGCAAAGCAACGCCCAACAGGACAGGGAGAAAAGCUCGCAGGAGUGACCUCCCUCUGUGUCUCUCCGCUCGGCGCUCGGACCACCGCGGAACGGCGGAACCCUCCGAUAGAAUCAUAGAACCAAACCCUCCUCCUCGCACCGCGCCGCUGCAGCUGACCACCCUACUUGACCGGCCGGGGAGAGAGAUAGAGAUAAAGACAUAGACAAACAGACGGCGGGCAGGCAUGGGCGGCGUCACGUCCACCAUCGCCGCGCGCUUCGCCUUCUUCCCGCCCACGCCGCCGUCCUACACCGUCGUGGUCGCCGACGCUGCGACAGGCCGCCUCGCCAUCCCGGAGAUCUCACGGGCCCUCUCGCGCCGCCGGAGGCGGGACGGCGCCGGCGCUGGGGGCUCCUCCUCGGCCUCCUCCGUCGCGGCCGCCGAGAACGAGGAGGGCGCGGAGGUGGUGCGCCUCCGGACCCGCCGCGGGAACGAGAUCGUGGGGGUGUACGUGCGCCACGCGCGGGCCUCCGCCACGCUGCUCUACUCCCACGGCAACGCCGCCGACCUCGGCCAGAUGUACGGCCUCUUCGUCGAGCUCAGCCGCCGCCUCCGCGUCAACCUCUUCGGGUAUGAUUAUUCUGGUUAUGGGAGAUCUACAGGGAAGCCCACUGAGUGUAAUACAUAUGCAGACAUUGAAGCAGCAUAUAACUGCCUCAAGGAAAAAUAUAGUGUCGCAGAUGAGGAUAUAAUCUUAUACGGCCAGUCUGUUGGAAGUGGUCCAACCAUUGAUCUUGCUUCACGAUUGCCAGACUUGCGAGCUGUGGUUUUGCAUAGUCCUAUUUUAUCUGGAGUAAGAGUACUAUAUCCAGUCAAACGGACGUUUUGGUUCGACAUUUACAAGAACAUCGAUAAAAUUGGUUUGGUAAAUUGUCCGGUGCUUGUCAUCCAUGGUACAUCAGAUGAUGUCGUUGACUGCUCCCACGGUAAACAGCUAUGGGAACAUUGCAAAGUAAAAUAUUCUCCACUGUGGUUAAAUGGUGGUGGGCACUGCAACCUCGAGCUAUAUCCAGAUUACAUUAAGCACUUGAAGCAGUUUGUGUCAAGCGUUAGCAAAAAAACAUCAAAGCCGGACCAGAAAGAGAUAAUGGCAAAGGAUGGCACUACCAGUAAAGAAAGAGAGGAAGCAUACUCGGAGAAACCUCAGCCGGCAGCUAAGUGCUCACAGUCACAGAUCUCACGUAAGAGCAUAGAUAGCCGAGUUGGGAAAUCCAAAACAGUGGAUGUUCCUGAUAAAUCACGGAUGAGCUCAGAUGACAUCGACAAGUUCCGGAGGAGAAGGUGCUUGGUUUGGUGAUGCCUAUGUUGUGCACAGAUUGUCGAACAGUACCUGAGUGAGGAUACUAUAGCAUGGAAAUCAAGCAACUUUAUUACAUACAUCAUGCUGCGAGGAAUGGCAUCAGCCGUUCCUGCAGUGGAGAGGAAAGAACUGUUAAAUAAGAAAAGGAACCAGAAAGCUACCAUCAUCAUCCAUCAGAGACAAAGCCACUUGACUGAAAGCUGGUAGUUUCCCAGUUAAUUUAACACUGACACUGACACCGUCGACAUGUUUUGCAGCACCGGUUAGGGUUUCCCCAUCAUCUAAAAGUGUACAAUUAUUGUAUGUAAUCACGAGGGACCUAUACAAACAUUUACAGCCGCUCUGUGCAAAGUCUGAAAGCCUAGGAGCACCAUAGUUUAUCCUCGGUGCAUCAGCAUCGGGCCCACAUGCGUUGUGGAACCAUUUGGCUAUGUGAGCUCUGCAUACUGAUCUACUCCAGCCUUAUUAUACGGAUCGUGCUCCACUUAUCAACUGUGACACGGCAGCAAGCGGAUCAUGCUCCACAUAUCAAUUGGAAACUGUUGGGUGAAAGGUCAGGGCAGGCACAAGUGACAUCUAUUUACUAGUACUCAUUUAUUUAUAUGUGUAUUAUAUAUAUCAUUCACCACUCUUUCACAUAUAUGUACAUUCCCUCAGCUCUGACAGACCCAACAAAACAAA